GCCUGCGCAGAAGCGCCAGGCAGGUACGGUGGCCGCGGGGGUCCUGUAGCUCUCAGCUGAAGCGCCGGUGGUUCGCCAUGAUCUCCGAAGAUGAUGAAUUAAACCUUCUAGUUAUCAUAGUUGAUACGAACCCAAUUUGGUGGGGAAAACAAGCUUUGAAAGAAUCUCAGUUCACAUUAUCAAAAUGCCUAGAUGCUGUCAUGGUGAUGGGAAAUUCUCACUUAUUUAUGAAUCGUUCCAACAAACUUGCUGUGAUAGCAAGUCAUAUUCAAGAGAGUCGAUUCUUGUAUCCUGGAAAGAACUGGAAAUUUGGAGACUUAUUUGGUGAUCCUGGCAACAGCUCUGCUGAGUAUAAUCCUUCAGGUAGUAAGGAUGGAAAAUAUGAGUUAUUAACUGCUGCAAAUGAAGCGAUUACCGAAGAGAUUAAAGAUCUCAUGACCAAAAGUGACAUGGAAGGGCAGCGAACAGAAACACUGUUGGCAGGAUCUCUCGCAAAAGCACUUUGUUAUAUUCACAGAAUGAGCAAGGAAGUAAAAGAUAACCAAGAAAUGAAGUCGAGAAUAUUGGUCAUUAAGGCUGCAGAAGACAGUGCAUUGCAAUAUAUGAACUUCAUGAAUGUCAUCUUUGCAGCACAGAAACAGAAUAUUGUGAUUGACGCUUGUGUCUUAGAUACUGAUUCAGGGCUCCUCCAACAGGCCUGUGACAUCACAGGGGGCAUAUACUUGAAGGUGCCCCAGAUGCCGUCUCUUCUUCAGUAUUUAUUGUGGGUGUUUCUUCCGGAUCAAGAUCAAAGGUCUCAGUUAAACCUCCCACCUCCGGUUCACGUUGACUACAGAGCUGCCUGCUUCUGCCAUAGAAAUCUCAUUGAAAUUGGCUAUGUCUGCUCUGUGUGUCUGUCAAUAUUCUGCAAUUUCAGCCCUAUUUGCACCACAUGCGAGACAGCUUUUAAGAUUUCACUGCCUCCUGUUCUGAAAGCCAAGAAGAAGAAAUUAAAAGCGUCUUCCUAGUGACCAAAACCCUCCCCCCCAACACUUAAUCCUUGUUUCUCCAACCUUUCUCCUGCAGUAGAGAUUUUAACUGAGAAAUCUGUGCUGAAGAUGUAGUUAAAAGAAAUGAGAACUGUACACAUAUAGCUGUUAUUUAUGUGGCUAGUCCUUUAAGGGCAUUUUUUCAAGAACAAAUUUCUCUUGUGUCUCCAGAGGGGAGAGAGGGGCUUGGGGAGGUAGUGCUCCCGGGUCAUAUGACAGGGAAACAGCUCACCUCUGAGUUUUUAAAACACUGUUAUUUUCAGUUGAGUUCAAUAAGUAUUAAGCUGUUUACAACAUACGUGGGUGCUACAUAUUAUCAUUUCUAGGGUAAUCAUUUAUUAAAGUAGCUGCUGCAUUGAUUACCCGAUGUUAGCACAUGAAUGUCUUAUCUCAGUCUGGUUCUCUUUUGUGAAAUGCAGCAUAUGUGGAAUUUUCACCUAAUUAUGACAACUUAAAACACAUUUUUACUCCUCCCCUGGCUCUUGUGGCUUUCAUCAAGAGAGAGCCUCUUCCUUAUUAAGUAGCCAGCUAUUAGCUUUUGCUGUAGAAAUGUAAAUAAAGUUCACGGUUCAUUAAUUUGCUACUCAUUCUCCCUCUCUGACAUUGGCAAGUGCUCUGUACUUAACCUUGGAAAAAGUCUUGACUAAGUAUAGCUAUUUUUACCCAAAUAAUACUCAUCAAGUGAUUACAGAGACUUUAUUUUUUAAUAAAUUAGGAAAGUGAACAUUGUGUGGCAGACGCACAAAUGCUGUCUUUGUAUACGGUUGCCCGAGAAGGGUGUUGUUGAAAGCUAUCUGGGGGCAUUAAAGGCAGUUUCCCGGCAAAUGAGAAAGCUCUCCCAGGCCCCAGAGUUUUCCCCUCGAUGUUACUCUUGUCAUUUUAAUCAUUUACUAGAAAAAUCUGUGAGAGUCUUCACCCUUCUAUUGCAAUCUUUCUUAAAUUCAAAAGAAAACGAUUUUUAAAUUCUGUUUUAGAGAAAUGACUUUUCCAUAAAUACCUGAAGUUAUUGACAGUUCUGUUGUUAAAUCUUGUGGGAAGAGGAGCUGAACAGGGCUCUGGUGCGAUGGGGGGAAGAGUCUUAGAGCUGGAGUCAAAGGACCUGUGUUCAAAUCCUGACUACCUGUGGACCUUGACUUCCCUUCUAUAAUAAGGGAGUUGGCUGUCACCUCCUAGAUUCUUGCCAGCUCUAAAUCUUUGAUCCUGUAAAUCGUGACCAUGGAUGAAUCAGUUCAUUUCCUCGAGCCUUAGUGCUCUCAUCUGUAAAAUGGGAAUUACCGAUCUGUCUACUUCACAGGGCCGUUGUGAGGACAGUGUUCUGUAGAAACUGUCAAGUGCUAUGUAAAUAUGAGCUGCUGUUACUCUCGUGCUGCGCAUUUGGGUGUAAUGGGGGUCAUUGUUUUAAGUCUAGCAAAGCAGUUGGUGCUGACAAGAGCUUCAGAUGUUCAAUGGAUCAGAAAAAUUUCAGAACACUUGAAUCAAGAUUUUCUUUUCUCUUGUCUCAUUUAAAAACUUACUAAUUUGUUCAGUUCAGUUACAUUUUAUUUUCAUUGUAUUUAUAGUUAAUUUUAAUAUGAAAUUUUUCAAUAAAAUAAUUAGUAUUUUUUCA